AUGAGUAAGCAAGAAGAUAUCAAGUUUCUGAAGACACAGGUACCCAAGCACUUCUCUCUCUCUCUCUCUCUCUCUCUCUCUCUCUCUCUCUCUCUCUUUCUGAAGAUAUGGGUUGGUUCUUCGGAUCUGGCGCUGCAUCGGUUACCUGAGAUUUUCUCAUUUGCCUCGGUAUAUUCAUGAACAAUGCAGACAUGUGUCCUGAAAGUGAACAUCCAUUGCGAAGGCUGCAAGCAGAAGGUCAAGAAGCUGCUGCAGAAGAUCGACGGUAUCGUCACCUCUCUCUCUCUCUCUCCUGCCGGAUCUUCUGUUGUUUGAUCAUCCUCCUUGUUCUCUCCCCUCUUGAUGUUGAUCCUUCCAUUGUUCUUCUUCCUCAGGAGUCUACACCAUAGCCAUAGACUUGGAUCAGGGGAAGGUCACAGUCUCCGGCGACGUUGAACCCGCCGCCCUCGUCAAGAAGCUCGCGAAGGCCGGCAAGCAUGCAGAGAUCAUCUUGCCAAAAAUGCAGCCCGCUGAGAGGGGAAAGGGCGGGAAGAAGGCGCCCACAAAACCUCCGAAGAAGGUCAUCUCUCCCGGCGCCGGCGCCGGAGAAGGGAAGAAUCAGCAGAGCCACCAGCCGCUGCAGAUGAAUCCUCAGCUGAUGCAGAAGAUGAAUCCUGAGCAGAUGCAACAGCUGCUGAAAGGGUUCAGAGAUCUGAACCUUCCCCAAUUGAAGAACCAGGCGUCCGUCAAGUUCGCCCCCCCCGAGGAGGACGACGACGACAGCAGCAGCGAGUUCGACGACGAGUUCGACGACGAUUUCGACGACGAUUUCGACGACGAGUCCUGGGAAGAUGAAGAGGAGUUUGAAGAUGAUGUCAAAAACGUGAAGACAAAGGCUACAGUCAACGAGAAGAAGGGCGGAGCCAAGGAAAAUGACGCCUCCAAGAAAGGUGGCGGCGAUGUGAGCGCCGGCAAGGACAAUGGCAAGGCUGUCACCGAAUCUAAGAACGCUGCUAAUGCCAAGGCUGCCACCAUUGAUAGGAACUGCAACGAGAACGGUGGCGGGAAGGGCCCUGCCGCCUUCCCGCGCCAGCCGAUGAAUGCGCCCAUGCGCUACGGCGGUGGCGGGGCCGGCGGCCCCAUGGCGGCAGCGCAGGGCAUCCGCGCCGGUGGGCCUCCGCCGGGCUACCUCCCCGGCGACGCCAUCACGCCGGAGAUGAUGACCGCCGCCAACCCCUACCAGCAGCAGUACAUUGCCGCCAUGAUGCAACAGCAGCAGAGGAUGAGGAUGAACGGGCAGGAGCUCUCCUUGCAGGCCAUGGCCUACGCACGCCCGCCGGCGGCGGUCUCCUACAUGCCGCCGCCGCCUCCGCCGGAGUACACCCACAUCUUCAGCGACGAGAAUACCAGCAGCUGUAGGGUCAUGUGA